CAACUGUUUGACACAUCAGACAUUAGCCGUGGUUGAACGAGGAGGUGGUAGCGGGAAAGCCUAGCUCGUUCGGAAGCCUUUUUUAGAGAUUUUUCGCUUGUGGCGUAGCUCAAAGAUGGCCGAAGAAAUAGCAGUUGUCUGUGAUCUCGAUAAAAAAACGGAGAAUUCGCCGAAAUUGUUGAUUAACGGUGAGGAGUGCGCCGCUUGUUCCGAUCAUGACAUCGCUGCGUCUUCAAACUCCGAGGAAGAGAAUGACCAAAAAUUGAGCUUCCGAUCGAAUAGUCCUUGCGAUUCUCACUCGGAAAACGAGGCUAAGGGACACCACGGAGAGUUCCAACCUCCCAACGAUGAGCUGAAAGCGAGAAUCAAAUCCCAAGUCGAGUUUUAUCUUAGCGAUGAUAACCUGGCUCGCGAUGCAUUUUUGCUCAAACACGUUCGUCGCAACAAGGAAGGCUAUGUCAACCUCAAGCUCAUAACGUCCUUUAAAAAGGUCAAAUCACUCACUAAGGACUACAGAGUUGUCGCUGAGUCAUUGAAGGAUUCUACUAUGUUGAGUAUGAACGACGAAAACACGAAAGUCAAGAGAAACGAGCCGCUAAGAGCUGAGUUGAUGGACCGGAAUCCGGGUCGAACUGUAGUAGCGACCAAUAUCGAAAACCCAUCCUUCGAGCACGUAAGUGAAAUGUUCUCAAAGUGUGGAGAGAUUGUAUUGAUCAGGAUUAUUCGUGGGGGAAAGACCAUACCGCCUGAUUUGAAGGAAUACGAAUCGAAGUUUCCAGAGAAUGAGACCUUCGCUGUAAUCGAAUUUGAGACCAUGGCAGCGGCCGCACGUGCGUGCUCCGAACUGACACAAGAUGGCGGCAUUCGAGUCAUAGAACUAGGGAAAGGAGCGAAGAAAAAAGACAAGAAACUAAGGUCUAGAGAGUUAGAUAACGACUCAGUACCGGAAUCAGACGAAGAACACGAAGAAAAAAAGAAAAAGAAAAGAAAUCGAGGAAAAAAGAACAAAAACAAGAGAUUGUCUGAAUUAGCAGGUACUUCUGACGACAGUCAUAACAGCUCAUGCUCCGAAUCUGACAGCUCAACUCACAACUCCUUCAGCAGUUGCAGACGCCGGUAUCAUAGCAACCCCGGACUGUCAUCAAACUCCCACAACCGCACUGAGCCCCCAGGCAUCAAUGGCCAGUGGAGGUCACCGCAGAGUAGCCCAGAACCCCAGAGACGGCACUUUAACAGCCCUAGUCCAAACAAGGAGGCAAGUAGUAGUGCACCAAAUAGUCCAUGGUCCCAAAGACGCAAGACCACAUCCUCUAAACCUGGUGGACACUCCCCAUUGGUUGAUAGAGAGCCAGUUAAACAUCGCAUGGUACAGUUGGAGGGUGUUGAACGGUUGCCACGGGGGCCUGAUGGUACUAAAGGUUUUCAUGGCUUUGGUAGGGGUCAACCUAUGAUUGCUGUAGCCUAAUUUCCAGCAUAAAUUUGUAUCAUAGGGAAUAUUAUUUUGGCAUGAUGUCAUUUUGAUUUUUUUAAGUAGUACCAUUAUCAAGGAAUAAUAGCAUAGUUUAAAUGGCACUCAAAGGGAGCUCUACUAUUUCCAAAGAAAACAUAGCAAUUUAGAACUUUCCAAAUUAACAUAUUCUCCCAUUUUUCAGGGCUUCUGGAAUUACGCGGAAAAAACUCAAAAUUAUGCGGGAAUCUUGGCUAAAUUAUGCGCUACAUUACGCCGAAAAUCAAUCAUUACGCAGGAUUUUGCAAUACAUGUUGUUUAAAAAUCAAAAUUUUGCAGGAUUCUUUACUUAAUUACGCGCUCAGUUACACGGAAUAUCAACUGUUGCGCCCAAACUACAUUUUGUACCAAAAGAAAGCACAAAAUAACUUGAAAAGGUUAAUUUUUUUGCGCGAAAAUAUUUUAGGCGAGUUUUCAUUGGCUUCUAGCCACCAGCCAAUUAAAAAAGGUAUUUUAUUGUUAGUCCUAGGCCUUCGCGGUUUAGCAAAGAAAUUCAGUUCGAAAUAUUGCACUCUUACCAAGAAUAUAUCUCUUUUUUUACAAGAAAUAGAGGUAAAAACCCUAAAAGAACACAUCAACUGUGCACUUAAUGUUUUGUCUUUCAAAAUUUAGCCAAAUUACACGGGAUUAUGCGGAAAUUUGUGGUUUACGCGGAUUACGCGAAGAAAGCCAAAUUACGCGCUUCCUCACAAGAGCGUAAUUCCAGAAGCCCUGAUUUUUAUGUCACCACCUCUGUGUAAUUUGAUGUAAAAAGCUAAUGAUAAUUCAAAAGGCCUCUUGCAUAUAGACCUAUUUUUUCAAUCAUUGAAACUAAAAAAAGAGGAAUUAUAUUGGAACAUAACUAAAGCAAUACAUUUAUUAAGGAUUGUUUGCCAUAUACUUCAUGAAAUCAUCAGCUUUUCUAAGUUCCUCUGAACAAAUUAAAACAAUACAAGUGAACAUUGUUGUAUAAUAUAUUCAUCCAAACAGAAAUGUUAAUCAUUUGAGAACACCUGGUUUACUUAUUCCAAGUUAUUAUUUUAACAGCCUAGUCUGUUUAUUUCAUAAUUCAAAUAAUUCGAAAUUUUCAAGUUUACCUGUGUACAUUUUUACAUAUUUAAUAUAGACUAGCAAGUGUGCUCUUUAGGGUUGCAGAAGAGAAGAAUGUUAAUACAUUGAGUUAUAAGUUAUAGUUCUUCAGCUCUACAAUCUACAGUUUUUUAAACUGAAAACAAAAUAUUUAUAUAGUGGUUAAAAUUGUGUAGUAGGUUAAGAUAAUGAUAUAUAAAACAAAAAAGUACAUUUGUCCUUCAGCCUAAAUAGUUUGCAAUACAAGGCUUCCUUUAGAGUAAAAGCUACCUUAGUUUGUAGUUUUAACACACUGUGGCAAACAUCCGACUAAAUACAGUCUACAUAGUGCUAUAGUAUACAUAGUGCAUAUGAUAUAUAGUUCAUAUAUUUCUAUAAAGAUUUUGCUUUUAUAUUUACUUUAGCAAAAAUUUGUCUUGACUGAUUAAAAAUUUUAAAUGUUUCCAACAUGCAACAAACAUUUUUGUUAGCAUAAUUAGUUAGCUGCUACGGAGUUUGAUUUUCCAAGUAUAUUUUAUUUUGAUAAAGAAUAAAAAUUAACAGGCAUGUACCCUGGAUAGGAUGUGCAGAGGGGUGCGCAGUUAGGUAUUGUAUGAAGGAUAGUAUUUUUGAUGAUCCUUCAGUGAGAGAUGACCCAGGUCUUGUCAGGCAAGGAAGGGUGUAUAUUCCCCCAUGCCUAGCCCUUGUGGUUGAGGUUCUUUCAUGUUGUGGGAUGGUUCUUAGACUUAAUAAUUUUACAAUGUUAGCUGAGCUAUACUAUCAACUGAUUAAUGAGUUACAAAGUGUCAGCUGAGCUAUAAAAGAAAGUCGCUUAUUAAGAUUAUAUAUAAGUUAAAGUUUGAGUAGUAUACAUAUAAUAGCCCCAAAUUGGGACAUUGCAUAGAAAAUACACUCACACAUUUACUAAAGAACUCCAGCUAUGAAUUUUGUACUUCUUUUGGUAUAUCGUGAAACAAAGUAAGUACUUGAAUUAGACUGUUUUUUAUUGGCUUAUAUCUCGAUUGAAGCUUUCAUUUUGUGUGUGCUAAUUGCUUUUUUAUCCUGAACAUUAGGUUUUUCUGGUACUUAGAAUGUAUGUAGCAUUUUCUUUCUCUAUACAUGCAUGCCUAGCUACUAAUUCCUACUACAGUGUUGUAUAUACUUAUAUGAAAGUCUUGCAAUAAAUUUGAAAUUUCAGUGUGA